UUCAAACUUGCUUUAUUCAUUACACACUGUUGCUAUUACCUUAUUUAUCUUUUCUUUAAUUUAUUUUCUAGUUGUUAACUGUAGUUUUUCGUAGGUUUAUUUGUCUGUGUAGUGGUUGAAAAUGGAUCACCCAGCCUUUGCCGACGCUGGUGCGAGUCCGGGUAUUGAAAUCUGGACUAUCGAAAAAUUCGAACCGGUUGCCAUCGACUCAAAACUGUACGGCAAGUUCUACAAUGGAGACUCUUACAUCGUUCUUAAGACGACAGGCCAAUCCAACUCCUCACUGCACCACGACGCUCACUUCUGGCUCGGCAGCAAGACGACCCAAGACAAGAAGGGUUCCGCAGCUAUAUGGACGGUAACCCUGGAUGACAUGCUGGGCGGGAAGGCGGUGCAUCAUAGAGAAGUUCAGGGUCAUGAGUCCAGUCAGUUCCUGGGGUAUUUUAAGCCUGCAAUCAGAUACAUGGAAGGCGGUAACGAGUCAGGGUUCACCGAAGUGGAGACCAACGCCGGAGCUGAGAAGCGACUCCUCAAGCUGUCUGGAUGUGACAACAUGAGGAUUGAAGAGGUAGAAGCCGACGCCUCCUCCCUCACAAGAGACCACUGCUUCAUCCUAGAAGUAGAUCAUGAUAUAUUCGUGCUGAUGCCUGAAGGAGCCAAAGCGACGCAGCGACGCAAGAUCAUCUCUGUGGCUAACAAGCUGAGGGAUGAAGAGCAUAAUGGCAGAGCUAGUAUUGAGAUUAUUGACGAAUUCUCUUCAGAUGAAGACUACGAUCUCUUCUUCACAGCUCUGGGUUCAGGAUCCAAAGACGAAAUCGCCAGCGAUGAGGGUGGUUCUCUAUACUACCGCGAAGAUAUAUCAGCUGUAUACCUAUACAGGGUGAUGCUUGGAGAUGAGUUGGAGAUGAUGCCGCUCAGCAAGCCUUAUAAGCAGAAACAUUUGGCUUCUGAUGAAGUCUACAUACUAGACACUCCAUGCUCAGGGGUGUACGUGUGGAUCGGGUCGGAGGUCAGCGCUGACGUCAAGAAGGCCUACCACGAGAUCUCUGAUAAAUACUUCGAUGCUAAGAACUAUCCUUCUUGGGUGAACGUAACAAAAGUAUCUCAGGGAUCCGAAAGUUCUACCUUCAAGCAAUUCUUCCACAACUGGGAGACCAUCUCCAGCUUCUCCAAGGGAUUAGUUACAGACUCAGAUGCUGGCUAUUUCUCCGAGGAUGCAGAGCACUCAGCUCAGGCAGCUAAACAGAUCGGCAAGAGUGCGGCCGCCAGGGGAUACAUGCCCGACCAGGGAGAUGGCAGUCUUACUGUUACUAGAAUCGCAGGAGAUCAAGAAGAUGUGACCGAAGCGUUUGCCUCAGGCGUCUCCGUGCUGUAUCAGUCAGAGGUCUACGUGGUGAAGUACCAGUACACCAACGAUGAUGGGGGCGAAGCUCAUGUUAUUUAUUAUUGGGUGGGUUCAGAAGCCAGUGCAGAUGACAAACAAGCAGGCUUAGAGCUGGUUUCCCAGAUAGAGGAUGAACUGGAAAGUUCUGCUACGGUCGUGAAGGUACCACAAGGAAAGGAGCCUAAACAUUUCUUGAAUAUCUUCAAAGGUAACCUAGCGAUCAUGUUUGGAGGCAAAGACACCGAAUACAGCCCCGUGAAUGCUAAGGGUUCCUAUGAGGAUGACAAUAUUAGGUUAUUCAGAGUGGAAGGUACGGAACCAGGAGUAGACCUGAGAGCUAUUCAGCUUGAAGAGAAGGCUGAUAACCUGGAAGAUGAUGACGUUUAUGUUCUGGAGACUAAAGAGACGGUCUACAUUUGGAUCGGAAAGGAAUCUAACGACACAGAAAAGGAAGCAGUCACCAGUUUUGUUGAGAAGAUCGUGAAAGAGAAGGAGAUUAGCACUAUUGAGCAAGGAGAAGAGCCGGAAGAGUUCUGGGAGGCUUUAGGAGGAGCCCCAGAAGAGAAAGAAGACCCAUCAGGCUGGCGCAACGCCGUCAACAGACGCGUGACAACCCCGCGCACGUUGACAGCUGUCACUGUCACUGUCACCAAGAAGAUCAAGUUCGAAGACCUGGAUGAGGAGUAUACGCAGCAGGACCUGUCUGAUGAUGGAGCCUAUAUCCUGGACACUGGUGAAGAACUCUACUUGUGGCAAGGAAAGAACAUUCCAGAACGUGUCAAGAUGGCUAAGGGAGAUAUUGUUAAGGAAUACAUAGAAGACGACGGCCUAGACCGUACGGUAGACACGGCGCUCGUAGUGUUUGUGAAGCAAGGAGAAGAACCCAGCGUGUUCAAGAAACUAUUCCCGGAGUGGGACAACGAUAUGUGGGAUAAUCAAACUUCAUAUGAAGACAUUAAGAACGAGACCAAAGCUGCUAACUCUAAGUGAAAAUGAAAUGAAACACUUUAUUUAUUUAUGACUUAAAACUAAAUUUUAUUUAUUUUUUAUUCACAUAAUUUUACACAAUGUUUACUUUGGUUAAAUAAAGCACUUUUACAUUUUUAAUGCUAUUUA